CCUGGUGUCCCUGCAGUCCGCCGGACCUCCUGUACCGGCGCGUCGUGCCCCCGGCUCCCGGGGCUCGCAAAGGAUCCCGCCGCCCCUACCGCCUCGGCCUCCCUACAGAAAACCCCUACGCCUGCUGGCCAUGCGCGCCCACAGUGUUCAGACUGCCGGCGUGGGCUGCCAGACAGGACGCCAGCGCCAAGGAGGAAAUUCCUCUGGCUGAGGGGCUCUGCGGACAGGCAGGUGACCCUUGCAGAGCAGCGGGGAAAGCUGCCUGUCCUGCUUCUCCGUCUAGCUACAUGCACGCUUGUGGCACCACCGCCAGAGGCGCCAACCCGUGGCACAGAACGAAGCCGGGGCGAUUUACGUUUGUUUAUUCAGCGGGUGGGUGACCUGUGAGGAGUCGCCUUCCCCGCAGCCUGGACUUGCGUUUCUCGUGGCCUAGCAAGAAGUGGUUUCCUUUCCCGAGCUGUUGGCAUCUUCCUGCCGGGAUUCAGUCGUUCCCAAAGGAAUGGAGGAAUGCAGCUGAUAAGUGCUUAACCACCCUGUGCUCCUAUAGGCAGUACCAGGCGCUGGCUUCGCCUUCCCUUUGGCACUUCGAGGGUGGGCCUCUCCUUGUUACCUGGUCUGGGUACUUUUUUUAGUGGCACUGUAGACCAAUGGAGAUGGAAGAAGAAGAGCGAUGUGAUAAAUUCCAGCUGGUACCUUGACACUAAGGAGAAUUAUAUAUUUUGAUAUUUGAAUUUUUUUUUUUUUGUGUGUAGGGGAGGGAAAUACUACAUUUUAUGCGGUAUGGGAGGAGGGAGGUUGCAGAUCUUCUUGUGGUUUUUAAAACCAGCUGUGAGAGGCAAUUACUGAAUAAACUGAAGCACAAGUGAAGGAUUCAUAAGCUGGAAGCAGCUCUAGCCCACAAAAGAAAGGGGCAGUGGGCUGCUGUUGUGACUGUAGAGGCAGAAACUUCAGCCUCCUUCAUUUUUCACCACCUACUCCCCAUCCACCCAUCGAGAAAAUGAGUUGUGUGCCAUGGAAAGGUGACAAGACCAAAUCGGAAUCGCCAGAGCCAUCCCAGCAACCGCCUCAGCACAUUUACCAUGAGAAGCAACGUAGGGAGCUGUGUGCCCUCCAUGCCCUCAACAAUGUCUUCCAGGACAGCAAUGCCUUCACUAGGGAAACCUUGCAGGAGAUUUUCCAGAGGCUGUCUCCCAACACUAUGGUGACCCCCCACAAGAAGAGCAUGCUGGGGAAUGGGAACUAUGAUGUGAAUGUGAUUAUGGCAGCACUUCAGACCAAAGGCUACGAGGCGGUUUGGUGGGAUAAGCGCAGGGAUGUUAACGCUAUUGCCCUGUCUAACGUGAUGGGCUUCAUCAUGAAUCUGCCCUCCAGCCUUUGCUGGGGCCCCUUGAAGCUCCCCCUCAAGCGACAGCACUGGAUCUGUGUCCGGGAGGUGGGAGGCACCUACUACAACCUCGACUCCAAGCUCAAGGUGCCCGAGUGGAUUGGAGGUGAAAGUGAGCUCAGGAAAUUUUUGAAACACCAGCUGAGAGGAAAGAACUGUGAACUCCUAUUGGUGGUGCCAGAGGAGGUGGAAGCACAUCAGACCUGGAGAGCUGACGUGUGACCUGGGUCAACUCUGUCCUCCCACUAUAGUUCUUCCCCUUUACCAAACUCCUGAUGUCCUAAAACCUGGAUAAUGGGUGCCCCGACUCUCUUCAUCUGGAAUUUCCUUUGUUAGGCUCUUCUCUUCCUUCCUUGGUGCAAUAGGGCAAUAGCACAGGACAUUGGGGGUGGUGGGUGGGGAAGAACUGAGGGCAGAGCAGAGGAAACUGGAAGCCAAUCACUUUUAAUUGCAAGAUGGAUGAGCUGCAGUACCCUUUUGCCAGCUGGAAGGCAACGCACUCUUGAAAAACUGGGCUGGGGAGAAAGAGUGCCUGGGAACACUGGGCCUCCAUUUCCCCACGUGGUUCAGGGCUGUGUGUGGUGGGACACUGCUCCCUCCAGGGCUUGUCAGGAAGGAGCAGGGACUGAGCAAGCUGCCACCUCUUUACAGUUCUCUUCCUCCAAAACAAAUUGUUGUGAAGACAUUUGCAAUUCCUACGGGUCUCUCAGGACACUCAGAACACUAGGAAUGGUACGGUGCUCAGCACGACCCUCUGCUUCUUAGGGCUGGUUUGUGCCAGGAAUUAGGAAACAAUAAUAAAACCAGAGUCAUCUUCCAAGAAAUUCUUUGGGUAGCUAGAGGAUUCUUCCCCAGGGUCUCCAAGGAUUUAUGUAUGUGGUGAGUGGUUGUUUGACAGUGUGUGUCUGGCUAAGGUGACAUGGAAACAGCAAGCACAGGAUGACUGAGGAGUAUCAUGUUUCUGGACUGGAGAGAGGCCACAGUCUGCUUGGGUUUCUUCAUGCUAUGGUGGGGUUUUUUUUUACUAUUUUUUAACUGGGUUUUUUUUUGGGUUUUUUUUUUUGUUUUCUGCAUGGUCACCCAGUAGUUUAGGGGCUCCUUGGAGAGAGGAAUAAAGCUGAAGAGUUUUUCAAAGAAAUUAAUUCCCUUUUAUUUUCCUCUCUCCAGAAGUCCAGCCCACAGUCACAGAUGUAAUGUGAAAUGAAAGAGGUCAAGUUAUAAAAUAAAAAUGGGCUGAGGAGGGAAGCCUUUAUAGCAGUCAGUUUUGCUCUUUUAUUGCUACCAUCUGCUGGUGUGGGAGCUGCAGAGGGUCCACCAGAACUUCAGGCAUUGGAGACACCCUGGCUUGGUAGUUGAACCAACCUCUCCUUUACCACUGGCCAACAAACAUUCCAUUAAUGGGUGAAUUGCUUUUUUAUGCCUUCCAUGGGGAAGAGAAACUAGACAUGGACACUAAGAGGAAUCUCCACUGGCUGUUUCCCAGUGACCCAGGAGAGCUGUAGCUCAGCCAUGCCUUCCAUGGCAGGAGGAGGAAAUGCUGAAUCUGGAACUCACUUCAUUGUGUUUAGCACUUCCUGGCUGAGCUGCUGAUUGCUUCCAUCUUUACAUGUCUUUGUUGAACAGCAACCUCUGGGACCUGAUGGAGCUUGAAGGAUCCUGUUCCAUCAUGCAGGAAACUCUCAUUACUGAUGUUUGAGCUGGUGAAAGGAGGGAUUGUAAUGACCGUUUCUCAGUUAUUUUUCUCUUCAGAGCUCUGCAAAUGCAUGAGCAGGUGCUCGAACCUCAGAGACCACCAGAGUGGCAUCGUCCCAACAGAGAACACAGGCCACAUGACGACAGGACGAUGGUGUUUGCUGACCCACGGACAUCUGGCAAACACUUUUGCAGUCCUUUGAGCACAGCCUCCCACAGUCAAGGGCAAAUAGCUCUUACGUUUUAAAAAGUCCUGUUUCGUAACACAUUCCAAUGACCAAUACCAGCUGGCAGAGUUUUUAAACACUUCCCAGGCAGGAUGUUCAGCCUGCAGGCAUUCUGCUCCUGACUUGAAGCCAUUUCUUCAAGAGGGGAAAAUACAAAUCUCAACAGCAACAUUUUCUAUGCUGAUUGAAGUUGCACUUUGGAGAAAAACCCUGUUUGCAUGGAAACUGCAAGCCAAUGGAUCAGUGCACAAUAUGCAAAGAUGUUUUAAAAUACUUUGGGGCUGCUUUCCUCUCCUUGUAUGUCAGCUGCUUUCCCAGGGGAGAAACAGUGUGAUCCAGCUGCUCAGGUAAAGGGAAAGUGCAUGAUCACAUCCCUGUGGGAGGUGAGGCUGCUGGGCCCGGGGGUGGGGGAGCUGGUCCAGUCCCACUGCUCAGGAGCGGGGAAGCCCCUCUUUGUUUUCUUGCUUGUUUGGUUUUGUUAGAGCCUUGUCUUGAGUUUGUUUACAGAGAUGUAUUUUGUUUAACCAAAUAUUAAAAAUGGAAAAAAAAAGUUUCCAUAUAAAUGUCCUAUCACUUCUGUAUGUUCAAUUGAAUUGUUCUGUAACAAAGUAUGUAAAGGAUAAAUAAAUUUUUUUUCUUUGGUUAUAAAA